AUUUUAUUCCUAUGACGCGACCGUUUACCGAGAUCAGUUGUAAAUUCAAGGAUCAUUUUUGAAUUUACCUCAUAAAAAGAUCGACCUAAUUAUAAACUAUAUCUUACUGAUUAGUAGUUUUGAAAACAUCGGACAUUUAUCUUUUUAAUACACCCACGUAUAAUGUAAAACAAAGAUAACCCGUUAUACCCACAUAGCACGAACGUCCCUUGGACAGAUAAACGAUAUACAUAUAUAUAUUAUGGUUCUUGGACGUUUCAGGAACGUGUAUAUUGUAGACGUCCAACAUUAUUUUGUGCUAGAUGAGUCGUAUAUGAGAUGAGCAGGCUGAUCGACAAAUUCGAUGCUCAUAGAUUGCCUUAAAUAUUUGAUAUCAGAUGAUAAAAAAUUAAUUUAACCAAACAUAACCUAACCUACUACUUUCAAAAAUGCAAUUAAAUAUUUAUUUCAAAAUGAAUCUCAUAAAUUACAAAAAUUUUAAUGAAACCGAAAUAUCAUUCUUAUCAAUUACCACGGUAUUGGCGAGUCUUUUGUGCGGCAGUAGUUAAGUUAUCAGAUAAGAUUUAUCCAGAUACGACGUAGUGGUCAUUGCAGUAAACACGUAGUGCAAUCUUAAAAGGAUUUUAUUUCAAUUCUCUGUGCGCGAACAAAGUGAAAUUAUAUUGCUGUCAAUCGGCUUUGAUAACUGACAAAGAUUAAGGAAGCAUAAUGAUUUUAAUAUACUCAAUAACAAUAUAUUCGCAUAAAUAAAAGAAUAGUGUGACUAAUAAUGCGAUUGCUAUAUGUUGAUACUGAUGUUGAUUAAAAAUAAUAAUAACAAUAAGGAAUAGAGAGAUGUGAUAUGAUUAAAGUGAAUUUUACAUAACAAGUUGAUGAAGUAUUACUUUGUUAUUUCGUAUGUAUAAUAAUCACAAAAAUGAAUAACUCUUUUAUGUAAUUGAUUUUCUUUAAAAUGAGAUGUCAGCGCAUAUCAAAAUUAAAAGCUACACGGUUCGCCUUCUGUUAAUUAUUACAAUCAUAAAUGUUACGAAAAUAUUUGGUAAAAAUAUCACUGAAUCCGUCGGUCUACCUCAUGAUCUGACAGUAACUGUGUUUGAAGAUGUUAUCCAGGUUGAAGACAAUUCCACGUAUGAGUUAUUAAAAUUCAACGUUUCUUGGUUACCUCCAGAGAAGGGCAGGUUGCCAUCUUCAUACAGCGUUCUAAUAACGACAGUCUCAAAUGGCACCGAGGAAGAAUCAGCAAACUGUCCCGAAGAUUCUCUUUAUUAUACAACAAAGAACCGGAGUCAAUUGAAUGCACUACUUCCGGAAAAUAGAUUUAUGUCGGUCAUACCAGAAAUUAAUAUUAUACCAACCUGUACAUACAGUAUACAGGUUCAUGCGAAUCCUAGGAAAAAUCCCAAAUUAAAAUCACCAACGGUGAUAUACACAGUACCGGAAUGCGUGGGGCAUCAAUGUAGCUGCAUCAAUUCUAGUUUAUGGUUACCGAUUCCUACUGUAUUUGUUGAGAGACAAGAGGAUGAUAAUAUAUUGAUUAACUGGAAUAUCACUGUGAGAAAUGCAAAGGUUACAUUUUUCGUUAUUAGUAUCGGAGUACCAUUGCUUACGUCAAAAAAUGGUCUACCUGUAUAUAAUACUACACGAAUAGCAAGAAUACCUUCAGAAAGUAAUUCUUUCGUAUGGAGAGUGCCGAAAUAUGAUAAAUUUAAUCAUUUUGGCGGCAAAGUCACUGUUGCCGUUGAAGAUGAACAUGGCUGUAUUGGAACAGAGGGAAUAUUUCAUGUCAAUUCAAUGAUAAAUAGAGAUGACGCAAAACAGAUCAUAAUAAAGUGGAUCGCCUUCACGGUGCUACUUGCCACCAGUGCAAUGAUUUUUGGAAUUCUAAUUUUCAUCUGGUAUCAAAAUCGGGCACGAUACAAACUCUUAUUAUUCUCAAAUCGUGAUACCAAGCGAAUUCAAGCUGUAAGAACAAUUUCGAAACGGAGAUCCGGCUGGGAAGAAACAAUACUCAAAAAUCGAAAUAUUUUGUACGUAGAACAAGAAGUGGAGGAAGCCAUGUGCAGAGGCGACGUGGACAAAUUUGAAGUGUCUUACCAGCGCAUAAAGUUUGUGCGUGAACUGGGCAAAGGUCAAUUUGGUAAAGUGUAUUUGAGUCAUUUAAUUGAAUACAAUGAUGAUUCUCUUGUUGCUGUAAAAAUGUCACAAUUCUCUGAUCCCUCUAACGAGUGGGAUGCCAGAAGUCAAUUAAUGGAAGAGAUUUCAAUAAUGAAGGCUGCUGGAACGCAUCCUCAUCUUGUGAAACUUAUCGGCUGUUGCACGUUACCCAAUAAUCCAGUAUGCGUGAUUCUGGAAUAUAUGGAAAAUGGGGAUCUACUUGCCUAUCUUCACCGCAUGCGAGAAAGUUUAAGUAGUUUUAAUGAUGCGGAUAGUUCCAAAUCUUCACCGAUUCACAGUCCUAGGCCAAGCAUAACGGAAACAUUGUAUACUACCCUGAGUAGCGAACCUCCUACAACUCCUACUUGUUUGACAUUUUCGUCUAACUACACACCAAACAAUAAUUCGGAUGCUGUACACAAUUACGUAAAUUUAAACGACGAAAAGGAAAGUUAUCAAGCUCCAGGGAUAUCAUCUAAUACAUUAGAAACGAAUGAGUUUCUACGAUUCGCCCUAGAAAUUGCAAAAGGCAUGGAACACCUAGAAUCCAAAAGAAUUACACAUCGAGAUUUAGCUGCAAGAAAUAUUUUACUCGAUUCCAAUUUAACGUUAAAGAUAUCAGAUUUCGGCUUAUCACGAGAUAGCCUAUACGUCAUGGGUAAUGGUGCUGGAGGUGUACGAAGGCUUCCGGUUCGCUGGAUGUCACCAGAAGCUCUACGUGAACGUGUGUUCUCCUCUAAGAGCGAUGUCUGGUCAUUUGGUGUCGUCAUGUGGGAAAUUGGCACGCUUGGAGCGCUUCCCUAUCAUGAGAUUCGCGAUGAUCAAUUUUUACAACAUGUGUUGCGAAAUGAAGGUCGUCUUGCCCGACCGCAAAGUGUUUCUUUUGAACUGUAUGAAGUGAUGCGAUCCUGUUGGGCAUCACGUGUUGAGCACAGACCCACAUUUGGGCAACUAAUUCAUCAUCUUCGUUCUCUUAGUGGAUGUCCUUAUUCAAUAUGGGGAAGGAACAACCCUUGUUACACUUCGUUACUUCCUACGAAACAGGAAAUUCCUGAUACUCCGCUUGAUUCUUCAUUUCUAGAUACAUUAUGUUAAAGAAAGAUUUGUCGGAUUUUUUUGUUUUAUUUUUAUCUGAAAGAACUAUGUAAAAUGUAUCAUAAUUCAAAAUAAGUACCUAAUAUGAA